AUGUUAUUUGAAUCACCUCAUGAAGAUAUACCAUCAGCGGAGGAUAAGCAACCUGAGAGACGAAGUAUGAGAAAGUUUGUACCAAAAUAUCUACAACAACAACAACGGCGUGGAUUUUAUGCUAAAAAUCAAAGUGAUCAUCGGAAACGGAGGAUACGCUUUAAAUGCGCUGAAGACAUUCAAGACAAUAUCGAUGAUGAUGAUGAUGACGAUUAUAAUGAUAAUGCGGAAGGAGACGGUGAAGGCGGCGAUGAUGACGAUGAUGAUGGUUAUGACGACAAUGUUGAAGAUACUGGUCGAAUUAAUUCCAGUCCUACUAAACAAAUAUAUGCCAAUGAUGCAUGGAAUCAAUCGAAUAAGAAGCCUCUUUCUGAAUCACAUAUUCGUGAUGAAAUUAAAAAUAUUUUAACAUAUAGAAACACAGCUGAAAGUUGUCUGUUUUAUUUAAGAUUUGGUUCAAGCCGAUUAAUAGGACCGUUUAUAUUUCAUCCACAAUCAAAUCCUGAACAAAAUCAAUUUACAGAUAUAUUUUUACAUACUGGAAAGAUAAAUGCGUUUAAUCCUAAAGAUCUUUUGUACAUGAGAAAUGGUCGAGAAAUUCCAGUGAGUAAAGUACAAAUUGCUGAUCAAAUCCUUGAUGCCGCUUAUGAUCUAGAAAGAUAUAUUCUUGAACAAACAAGUAAAAGUCAAUAUUCAUCAAAACGUCCAUUUGUUGAUCAUAAUUUAACGCAGAUAAUCAAUGAUUUGAUCGGAAAUACACACUUUACAAUAACAGCUACACCAGUUGUACAAAAUGAAUUAUUCAUUAAAUAUUCCGGGGAACACUACAGAAAACAAAUCAAUCAUCUUCAUCGUGUUUUAGAUAGGUUACGUGAACAAAUCAGUCAACUGAAAGAUGAAAAUAUAAGUUUACGGUCAGAAUUGGAAGAAUAUAGAAAUUACAGAAGUAGUGAAAAUCAGUAUAGUGAAAGACAAGAUGACAAAAUGGAUGAUUCUACAUUUGCAUGGCAUGCAAAAUUGAACGCCCUUCUCGAUCAGUACAGAGCUGAAAAUGAAGCUUUAAAAUCUCACAAUUACACGCUUACACAAUCACAACAAACAUUAUUUCGAGAUCAAGAAUACAUGCAACAACAGAAUAACUUACUGAAGCAAGAAGUGGAUGAGCUUAAAAGAUCACAGAAUCUUAUAUUGGCUAGAUCACAGUCAGCAAUGCGCGAAGAAAGAGAACGUAUGAACAGGGAACAAGAAGAACUUCAUCGAGAGUUAGCAAGUGUGAAGAAGAAACUAGCUCAGUCACCUGUACCAUGUCCAAUGCAUCACAACUAUCAAAGAUCUCAUUUAAUCGAUCCAUACAGUGAGAAUUAUCAUCGUGUUCCUGAAUGUCCAAAGUAUUACACAUCCAACGAAAAAGACGUUAAUCCACCUAACGCAGAACCAAGUCGGGUAAAAAGAGUUCGUAUCUGCUCUAGUACACAGCCAUCGAGGCUACCACGAUUGAAUAUUGCUGGUCAGACGUCUAACAUAUCAAUAUCGAAAAAUAAGAAACCAGAAACUCAAGCGAGUAAUAUUCCUAGGGGUACAGCUUAUGCUAAACAACAUACCAAUAAACCAACAAUAAACAAAUCGAAGUAA